CUUUCGCCUUCAGCCUGAUCAUUGUUAUCAUCAUCAUGGUGAAAGAACGAUUGCCGACAAAGCUGGUACAGAUAUCUGAUUUCUUUGAAUAACCUUCGGGUUGAUUGAUGCUUGGAACAACGAGAACACUGGAUACCACCGCCCUCCCAUCAUGGCUCAAAUCGAGCACCAUUUUACCGUCUUCAUCCGGCUGCCCUUCAACCGCGGCGACUUCAUCGACCCGCCGCCUGUAGCAUGGUCAGCAACAAAGGAGAGUGCACUAUGGAACAUUAUAUCCCGUCAAUCCAAAGGAAACGAGAUCGACUGGCGCUCACUAUCCGAACAAUUCGAAGUCAGCCAAUCAUUCCUCCUCCAACAAGCCGCUUGGCUCUAUGAACGCCAACUGUCCCAGGUUCGAGCACAGAUGCGACGGGUCGGUGGACGCCAGUCUGCAACACCGUCCCCCGUACCUGGAUCGGUGUCGGCGAGCAUGGUGGGUGGCCAGGCAAUGAAGCGAGCAGGAAGCGGCGGAUCACGUGUGCCAUCCAGGCUAUCAACACAAGCGGUCGGAAGUCCCAUCGCUACCGGAGGAGAUAGCAUACCUGGAACUCCCGCUAAGAGCAGGACAUCUCUGCCAUUCAGAAGCGCUUCCAACCCACAAGGAGCUGGUGGUCCUUCGCAGGCCAGAGGUGCAGCAGGUACUUCGCGACCAAUCUCGCGCCAAUCUUCCAAAGACGAUCCUCUAGCUCAUACGACGCACUCACGCAGAGGAAGCAUACAACACCAAGUCGUCCGAUCCCCCGGUCCUCAGAGGACACCGCAACCACAGUCGUCAGAUUCGGAAGAUGACCAAAUGACCCAAUCGCGCAUCACAGCUCGCCGACCAAACCCGUCGGCUAUCCAUCGUCGGGCGCUCUCCCAGCGCCAAAGUCAACGCGCCUCAAGCGAACAAACUCGACAAGUUGCUCAAGCAUCAGAUGAUGAUGAUGAUGACGAUGACGACGAUGAGCCCUCUUUCCUUCCGUUUGCAGCUCCCAGCUCAAACACAAGCGAAUCCAAACCCCGCCGUGCAUCCUCGUCCCAACAAGACCCCAGCGCGACUUUGCGAGGUAAUUUACACCUUCAAACCCAGGCUGCCGCCACGACCGGGCGUCCUGACGUGAUUAGACGCAUCACGAGCGAACGCGUGAGCUCGCCAACCGUCGAACCACCGACACCCAUAGCGCGGACCAAACAGCAGCCAGACCCAUCGUCGUCAACAUCCUCCAUGUCUUCGCCCACGAACCUGUCACGACCACCUAGUACCACUGCUACUGCUGCUGUACCGCCGCCGAGGCAAUCGUCCGGCCAGCAAACACAGUCUUCUCAGUCUGCUGCCACCACCACCACCACCGCCGGCAACCCACGACCAGCGGGUACACACCCUUUGUCCCCGCCCCACCGCGCAUUGUUGCUACAAUCUUCGCCGCGUCGGGGUCCUGGGUCCGACACGUCACCGAGCAUGGGCUCGUCCUUCUCCGACCUCGACGACGCGAGCGUGACGCAGAGUGCCCUUGAAGAGGCCCUGCUCAGUGGCAUGGGGAACACGACCAUGACCAUGCCCGGAGGUGGCGGCGUGGCAGGCCGAGUGAGUGGAAUCAGUCAGGCUUUGAGGAGUAGGUAUUUUGAUGCGAGAGGUGAGGGACAACAGCGAGGUGCAGGUGGUGGUGGUAAUGGAGUUAGUGAGCGUUAGAAUGCUGAAUACCUUUUUGUUGCUGAUGGUUUUGUUGACAAGUCGACGAACUGCCCAAUGACAAGGUAAUCCAGUUAAGAAUUUCUUCUUCAACACUCCUGUCUGAACCAGUGUAUGCAUCGG